AUGCUCACUAGUGCUGAUUCGGAUUCAAUUGGCUAUAUUAUUUCUUCAGAUAGUAGUGGGUAUUCGUAUUCAGAUGGGGAUGAAUGGUCUCCUUUAAAAGGUGAACCUAGUUCUUCAAUUGUGCCCAUUUGCUUAACUGAGCCCGCGAAUUUCAGAAAGAUAGUUGAGGAAGAAACUAAGCUUAUUGAGUAUAAGCCUGUUAAAAUAACGGGCAUUGGCAUGUGUAAUUUAGGCAACACAUGCUUUUUAAAUGUGGUUGUGCAAUCUUUUAUGCACACUGUCGUGUUACUUCAGCUCCUUAGAUCUAUCGAUCAUGUAUCUCCAUGUCAAUCUUACUAUCACGGAUUUUGUGUAGUGUGCAUAAUCCGAGAGCUUAUUGAUGUUUCGAUAUUUUAUGGGAGGUUUUCUGUCAGGCCAACGAAACUUGUCAGUCAAUUGAAAAAUUUUUCGUCUUACUUCGGUCAGAACCAACAAGAAGAUGCACACGAAUUCCUACAGUGCUUUCUUAAUCAACUUGAAAGUUGUUGCGACUAUUUAGAGACAAAAGACAACAUUGUGAUGGAGGUCUUUGGAGGUCACCUUGUGAGCAAGCUCCGCUGUUGCAAUUGUGGUCAUACAUCUGUCACACGCGAGCCUCUAAUCGACAUAAGCUUGGAGAUUGAGGACGUUGACAGUGGGCCAUUUGGGAAGCAACUCCUCAUCGAUCAUGCUGUUGCUACCCUACAUUUGAAGAGAUUCAAAAAUAAUGGGUUAGUUUCUCAGAAGGUAGGAAAGCAUGUUUUAUUUCCUCUGGAAUUGGACAUGCUUCUUUAUACCAAUGACAUCAAUAACGAAGAAAUGAAAUACGAUCUCUACGCAGUUAUAGUGCAUUCUGGACCUUCAAUCUCUUCAGGACACUAUUACACCUUCAUUCGUUGUGCUCCAAAUGAAUGGUACAAAUUUGAUGACGAGAAGGUUGAUUAUGUUCAAGAAGAUCUUGUUUUGGCAGAAGAGGCAUAUAUCAUGUUUUAUGCAAAGCGAGGCACUCCGUGGUUUUUCGAUUACAGUCAAACCCACAGGCCCUUCGUAUGUUUUGUUACCCCCACAACUUCCAAUGAUACUUCAGAUGGGACAUCUCUGAAGCCUGAACUUAACAAGAUUGAGGAUAAUGAUUCUCAUGAUCAGGUUUAUUGCGAAGAUCAAUUACAGGACGUGGAAAUAAAGCAGAAUGAAGAAUCAAUGGAUACAUUGAACCGUGACUCACAUGGAAGUUCUUUGAAUGAAAAGAAGAGGAAGCUGGAAGAUUGA